CCGCCCCGAGUUGGCGCCGCAGAAGCUGGUCAGGCAGCUGAGUACCAGAGCGGCGCAGAUAGGGAGGCUUGGGGCAGUGCUCCGCGGCGCGGCGCCCGCUACUGCGCAGGCGCCUCAGGAAGAGCUCGGCCUUGCCCUUCUCCCUACAGGUCCCCUUUCAUCGCAACUUCCCACGAGUGUCAGGUUCCGCGACCGCCGAGUUCCGGCGCUGGAAAGAAGCGGUGGCGGCGACUGGAACCCCGAUCGCUGUCCUUCAAUGUGUUCAUUAUGAAGUUAUUAGUAAUAAUUUUGUUUUCUGGACUUAUAACUGGUUGUAGAAGUGACUCUUCCUCUAGUUUGCCACCUAAGUUACUACUAGUGUCCUUUGAUGGAUUCAGAGCUGACUAUCUGAAGAAUUAUGAAUUUCCUCAUCUCCAGAAUUUUAUCAAAGAAGGUGUCUUGGUAGAGCAUGUUAAAAAUGUUUUUAUCACAAAAACAUUUCCAAACCACUACAGUAUUGUGACAGGCUUGUAUGAAGAAAGCCAUGGCAUUGUGGCUAAUUCCAUGUACGAUGCAGUCACAAAGAAACAUUUUUCUGACUCUAAUGACAAAGAUCCUUUUUGGUGGAAUGAGGCAGUACCUAUUUGGGUGACCAAUCAGCUUCAGGAAAACAGAUCAAGUGCUGCUGCUAUGUGGCCUGGUACUGAUGUACCCAUUCACAAUACCAUCUCUUCCUAUUUUAUGAAUUACAGCUCCUCAGUAUCAUUUGAGGAGAGACUAAAUAAUAUUACCAUGUGGCUAAACAAUUCAAACCCACCAGUCACCUUUGCAACACUCUAUUGGGAAGAACCAGAUGCAAGUGGCCACAAAUAUGGACCCGAAGAUGAAGAAAACAUGAGCAGAGUGCUGAAAACCGUAGAUGAUCUUAUUGGUGACUUAGUCCAAAAACUCAAGAUGUUAGGGCUGUGGGAAAAUCUCAAUGUGAUCAUUACAAGUGAUCAUGGGAUGACUCAGUGUUCUCAGGACAGACUGAUAAAGCUGGAUUUCUGCAUCGAUCGUUCUUACUACACUCUUAUAGAUUUGAGCCCAGUUGCUGCACUACUUCCCAGAAUAAAUAGAACAGAGGUUUAUAACAAACUGAAAAACUGUAGCUCUCACAUGAAUGUUUAUCUCAAAGAAGAUAUUCCCAACAGAUUUUAUUACCAGCAUAAUGAUCGAAUUCAGCCCAUUAUUUUGGUUGCUGAUGAAGGCUGGACAAUUGUGCUAAAUGAAUCUUCACAAAAAUUAGGUGAUCACGGUUAUGAUAAUUCUUUGCCUAGUAUGCAUCCAUUUCUAGCUGCCCGUGGUCCUGCAUUCCACAAAGGCUACAAGCAUAGCACAAUUAACAUUGUGGAUAUUUAUCCAAUGAUGUGCCACAUCCUGGGAAUACAACCACAUCCCAAUAAUGGGACCUUUGGUCAUACUAAGUGCUUGCUAGUUGACCAGUGGUGCAUUAAUCUCCCAGAAGCCAUUGCGAUUGUUAUAGGUGCACUCUUGGUAUUAACCACGCUAACAUGCCUCAUAAUAAUCAUGCAGAAUAGACUUUCUGUACCUCGUCCAUUUUCUCGACUUCAGCUACAAGAAGAUGAUGAUGAUCCUUUAAUUGGGUGACAUAUGCUGGGGUUUAUACACAACUAAGAAUGUAUCCAAGGAAUGAUGUUGUAACUAUGAAAAAGAGUACUUUGAAAGACAAAGAACUUAGACUAAGCAUGUUAAAAUUAUUAUUUUUUUCCUUGUGUUUUGUUUUGGUUGCAUUUGCUAAUAAGAUAACCCUGACCAUAGUAAAAUUGCUAGUAAAUCAUUAGGUAACAUCAACCCUAGCUAGAAAUACUAAAAAUGGCUUUCAAGAAAAAUACUUCCUCUGCUUUUAUUUUGCAGUGAAGAUGUGAUACAUCUUGAAAUGAAAAUAUACCAAAAUUUAGUAGGCAUGUUUUUCUAAUAAAUUUAUAUAUUUGUAAAGAAAACAACAGAAAUCUUUAUGCAAUUUGUGAAUUUUGUAUAUCAUGAAGGAAAAGGUUCCUAUAUUUUUAUAUUUACUUUUAAUUAGUUUGUAUCUCAAGCACCCUCUUGAGGCAGUAAAUGCUCUGUGAUGGUUAAUAAAAUUGGACCAGACAGAAAAGAUAUAGCAAAUGAAGAAAUAUUUUAAAGGAAACCUAUUAAAACAAAAAACAACUGAGACCAAUUGAUAAAAUCUUGAGUUGUCACCAUUAUGUCUUAAACUGUUGGUCUUAAAGGUUAUAUCUUUUGAAGAUUAUUGUUAAUAAGAAAUUCAGAAGAAAAGAGAGAGAAGUGCUUUUUCCUCUAUCUGUGCUUAAUGCCUUUAUGUAAGUUACUUAGUUGUUUGUUUGCGUGUGCCUGUGCAAGUGCGUUUGUGUGUGUUUGUGUGGACAUUAUGUGACUUACUAUAGAAGGAGGUCAGAGAUGGACUGUGGCCAGGCUUCCACAUUCCCAAAGAACACAGAUCUCAGGAAAGGUUAUUUUUGCACCUCAUAUUUGUUCAUUUUGUCCUAACUCACAAGUUAAAAUCAUAAAUUCAUUUUAUUAACUUUUAUUCUCUCAUAUUUAUUGUACCCUGGGGUUUCCAAAUGCUGCAGAAAGAAUUUAUGACCCGAAUACAAAUCUGAAUUUGACUGGGACAGAAUGAGGAAUGGAGGUUUUUAUAUUUGUUUUUGGGACUUUAUGCCUUACUUUUUAGGCUAUAGAAUAGUUAAGAAAUGUUAAACAGAAUUUAGUGUCUUUUGGUCUUUUACACCAUUCAUAUUUUAAGUGGCAGAAUAGUUUUAGUGCUGCCUCCACUUUUUUUUUUCCAGUAUUUGCAUCACAGAAAUAAUCCUUCUGUUUAACAUGUUUCUUCAGAACCAAGGGUUUGUUGUGAAGAACUGUCAUCCUGUCUUUGUUAGUACCUUCUAGUAAUCAAAAGUAAUAUGAAGAAACUAAGUUGUGGCAUACUGUAUUAUAUUUAAUAGGGGAAAAAUUGGGCUCAUGAACCAUUCAUCAGUACACAAGACAAGCAGUUAAUAGUAUGAUCUUUGAAGUUUUGAUAAUAUAAAAUAAACUUGGUAACUGUUUUACAAAUAUAAAAGUAUAAUAAAUAGGCAGCCCAGUUGAAUGUUGAUUAUCUAUGAUGGUAAAAAAACAACAGUGGUGCCAGUCAUCAAACAUACAAUGCAUCCUAUUGAGUCACUGCUAAUUUCUUGAGCCUGGUAUUUGCUGCCUAUUGUAUUUGGGGUUGUUGAGAGGCGUUUUCAAACCCUGUAUAAAUAAUCUAUGCUGUUGGUCAUAAGUUGACUAUAUUAAGAACAGUAAAAUAAAUAAAACCCAACAGUACUAAUUUUGCUUUUAGAUAAAUUUUAUUUCCAAUUUUUUUCACAAAAGAUAGUUAUCCUAAAGGUUAAUAGUUGAUCUGAACAGAGUAAUAGAAAAGUUCUACUUUAAUUUCCAUUAAAAAACAAAUAAAAUUGACACAUUUAAAGUAGUGGAUUUUUUGAAGUAUCUAAAAUAGCAGCAGAAUAAUUUAUACUUGGUCCUUGCAAUUGUAUGGGGUUUUAACGAUUGCAUUAGGUUGAUUGGUGGUUAUGACUUUCAGAAAUCUAUACUUGGCCUCCAACUCAUGAGUGGAUUUUAUGUAGAAUGGGAUAGGAAGGGAUGUUCUGUAUCUUAAUCCAUUCAACAAGACAUUUACCUAUUUGUCUUUCCUUACAUUCUCAAAAUAUUAACUUGAAUUGUAAAUUAAGCAAAAAUUUUAAAAGUAUAUGUCGAUGGGACAAGAAGAAUAGUAUUUAUUUAAUAAAAACAUAUAUAUUAUAUUGAACUAUGUGUUAAUUCAUUUGUAUCUUUAAAAAAAUUAUCACUGUUAAAGUCUAUGACUCCUUUAGUGCACUGAGAACAUGUUACAGUGAAACUAGCCUUUUACAUUAAGGUUUUGGUAUGUAUUUUGUUAAAUAACUAAUACGCUGCUCUGUUUUCUGGGUGGUAAAAAGUAUUUGGCUCCAGGAAACAUUUAAUUGGUCAUGACAACAAUACCCCAAGGUAAUAGGAAAAAUUUUCAUUAAGUGUUUUUUAUUCAGUCAGUGAAUUCAGAAUAAGUACAUUCAUGUAUAACAUAGGGACAAUUCUGCUGCUAUUUAUAUGUGAUUCUUCUGAUAAACAAUAGAAUAAAACAUAUUUCAAUGUUUGUGUAUAGGUUUUGCAUUAUUAUUUCAUAGGUUUGGUAUAAGAAUUUGUAGAUAAAUUCUUGGCACAUUAAAGUAUUAAAAUGUUUUUACAUUGUUCUUGGGUGUCUCCCUCUUGUGCCCGUAACUGAUAGGCUAUGGAUGAUUGCAUUUAAUUCCUUUUAUUUGGAUGGUUUUACUUCCUUGUUAACACAUAAAGUUGUUAUAAAUGAAGGAUGAGGAGGAGAUGGAAAAUGUGUAUUUAUUGUCAACUCUUGAAAUAGUGUGUAAAUAAAAUAACAUGAGUGUGCUUUAAAGAAGUAUCUUUGUGGUGCCUUAAUUUAAAUUAAAAUAUUUUUGACAUAUUGUUUGAAUUCAGAAUUAAUGACUUUGUUCAUGAUUUUUUAAAUUUGUGUGAAUAAAAUCUACCAAAAUGUUCUUACUGUAAUUAUUAAAUAUAAA